AUGUCGCAGCCAAGCUUGCGCAAUGCUCUGUACUUCGUAAUCUUCUCACCUUACCGGGGCCUCGUCGACGCCGCCGCCGCCGCCUCUUCCAGCUCUCCCGACGGCUUCAACAACUCCCUGCAACGGUCGUCCACCCCGACUCCGACUUCCUCUUCACCACACAUAUCCAAAGCAGACGCAAUGAGAUGGUUUUCGGCCGCAGCGUCUCUGGCGCUGUCAAUAUGGACGGUCCAGGGCUUGGAAGUCAAGAUGGACCAGACCGAGGAGAACCGCCAACGAUGUGCAGGCAUGUACAGUAAAUCAGCCUGGGGCGGACCCGUCGACCCCUUCAUCCUCAUAAAGUUCCUCCCUCACGAGGGCGAACAAGACCCCAUCGUCAGCCUUGUCGUCUUCGAGUGGAAGGACGAGGAUCUGAUCGGCGUAUACCCGAGCCCAGACGCACCUCAGAAAGUCGGCAUCUGCGAGGAAAAACAAAUCGAGGAUGGGUUCUGUGAAGAACAGGACAUCGGAGAGUUCAUUCUGGCGCCCAAUGCGACCGAGAAGUCCAAGAACCUCAUACUUACCGACGCAAUACACCUGAAAGAUGCCCAGCCGAUCAAAUAUGAGAUCAAAAAGACCGGCUACUACUGUGUGCUCACGGACAAGUACACCGCCAACGACUACACAGCCAUCGUCGAAUUCCGCAACGCCUUUGGAGAGCUUCCAGCCACCCAGAUACCUAAGCUGCCAUUCUACGGAGGAAUAACCAUUCUCUACGCAUUGGUUGCCGUGUUCUGGGGCUUCCUUUACUACCAGCAUCACGCGGACAUCUUGGCUGUGCAGAAUUACAUAACAGCCAUCCUGCUGUUCCUUGUUGUUGAAAUGCUCAUGACUUGGGGUUUCUACGACUACCUGAAUCGCAACGGCUCGAAUGUUGGAUCAAAGGUCCUACUGGUCGUGGUUGGCAUCUUGAAUGCGGCUAGAAACUCGUUCUCCUUCUUCUUGCUGCUCAUCGUAUGUAUGGGUUAUGGUGUUGUCAAGCCCACGCUUGGCCGUACCAUGAUCUACGUACGGUGGCUAGCAAUAGCACACUUCGUGUUCGGUCUGGUCUACGCUAUCACAAGUCUCUUGAUUACCCCUGAUAGCGCAGGUCCCUUCGUGCUCCUCAUUGUCCUACCCCUAGCAGCGACGCUGACCGCAUUCUACGUUUGGACGCUUAACUCGCUGAACUUCACCCUCAAGGACCUUCGGGAGCGUAAACAGCACGCAAAGGAGGCGAUGUAUAAGAAGUUGUGGUGGUGCAUCCUGCUCAGCAUCCUGGUCAUCUUCGCCUUCUUCUUCUUUAACAGUUUCUCAUUUGCCUCGGCAAGCGACCCAGACUACGUCCCUUUCCACUGGAAGUCAAGAUGGUUCGUCCUCGACGGAUGGCUAAACUUGGUCUACUUUGCGGACGUGGCAUGGAUUGCUUAUGUCUGGCGGCCUACUGCGAACAACCGUCGCUUUGCCAUGUCGGACGAGAUCGCGCAGGACGACGACGGCACCUUUGAGAUCAACAACAUGGAUAUUGGGGCGCCGGAUGAUUCAGAUGACGAGGAAGCAAAUGUUGGCUCAAAGCCAGCCAUCAACACCACUCGGGGAGGCCAGACAAGUGGAGUGGAGAACUACCAGGCACCAAGCGGGCCGCCACCUGCAAAUGGCAGCAGCCAGCGACCCAGGGCGUCGCUGGAUGGUGAGACCAUCUUCGCCAUUGGAGAUGACGACAAGUUUUCAGACGACGAGGAUGAGGAGAACGCUGGACUGGUCAAGAACACUGGCAAGUGA